AUGAAAGGCAGACAAAAUCUUCCCUUACGAGGCCAUCGUGACGACUCAAAGUAUUUUCUAUCUUCUAAUCCUGGGAACUUUCAAGCCUUUUUGAAUUUUAGAGUAGACGCGGGUGACGCGAAACUAGAAAAACAUUUUGAAAAUGCAAGUAAGAAUGCAACUUAUCGUUCGAAGACAAUUCAAAACAAGCUGAUAAAGAUCUGCGGGGAACAAAUCAAAGAAAAGAUUGUUUCUGACAUCAAUUCUAGUCAAUGCCCAAUUUACUCAGUCCUUGGUGAUGAGGCAACAGACUGCAGCAGUAUCGAGCAGAUGCCAAUUGUUGUAAGGUAUGUUGACUCAAAGCAAGAAAUUAAUGAACGAUUUAUUAAAUUUGUUGAGUGUGAAGGAAUGACUGGCGAAGCGCUAGCGAAGAAUAUCGAAGAUACUUUAAACGAAGUUGAGCUACUACUUUCCAACUGUCGUGGUCAGUGCUAUGAUGGUGCCAGUACAAUGUCAAGCAAAUCAAAGGGAGUUGCUGGUCGUAUUUUAAAGAAAAAUCCAAAAGCUUUGUAUAUCCAUUGCGCUAGUCAUCGAUUGAACCUUGUUGUUGCUAAAGCAUGUGGUGAGCAAACUGUCAAAAACAUGUUGGGGCAUGCUCAAAAGAUCUUCAGUUUCUUCAGCCCAUCCCCCCUACGAAUGCAGUGCUUGAGGCAGAAUAUGGAAAAGUCUGGGUUACGUCGUAAAAAACUAGGAGCUCCAUCCACAACGCGUUGGGUUGAACGGAUACGUACACUUGAUGGAUUUGUGGAAGCAUUUGUACCUGUUUGUCAAAGUUUAGAGUACAUGAAGCUCAAUAUGAAUAAUGAUUUUGAUAAUUCAAGUAGGGACGCAGAGGGAUAUCUUCGUUCCAUAAAAUCUUUCGAAUUUAUUGUUAAUCUUGUGAUUACAUCAAAUGUUCUGCAUCACACAAUGUCGUUGACUGUCCAACUGCAGCAAAGGAUGAUCGAUAUCGCUGAAUCAAUUAAACAUAUAAGUCUUUUGAAGUCACAAUUAAAAAUUUUACGCAGCUCAGCUGAUACAAUUCAUGACCAAUACUACGAAGAAGCAGUGGAUUUAGCAAACAGAGUAAACGUUGAUGAAAAAAUUCCUCGACUUUGCAAUGUUCAGACAACUCGUGAAAACUAUCCUGCACAUACAGCACGUGAAUACUACCGCAUGAAACUAACCAUCCCUCUUCUUGAUCACUUGAUUGAACAGAUGGAAUUUCGGUUUUCUUCAGAGGUGUGCGAUAUUUAUCGUGGAUUCUAUAUUAUACCUAGUAUUUUUCUCAAUUGCAAGGACGUUAAUUGGAAGGAAGAGUUUAUGAAGUUUGCUGUUGCAUAUAAAGAGGAUAUGCCACACUUUCGGAAAAUACAUGCUGAAUUAGGAUUGUGGGAAACAAAUUGGAAAGGGGGCUUUGAGAAAGUUAAGUACGAUUCAAUUGCCGACACGCUUCGAACUUGUAACAAACUUGCGUUUCCAAAUAUAUUUACAGCACUUAAGAUACUCGCUGUUGUGCCAGUCACUACAUGUGAGUGUGAAAGAUCCGUUUCUGCCCUUCGUCGAAUGAAAACUUGGUUACGUAGCACAAUGAUCAACGAAAGGUUAAAUGGAUUAGCCCAAAUGCAUAUUAAUGAUGAUAUUAAGUGUGAUGUCGAAGAAGUGAUUAAUACCUUUGCUAGACAAAACCCAACGAGGAUGCAAUUUCUUGAUAUCCUGGAGGAUAAAGAAACAGAUGCUUGA